AUGUCGACUAAACUGCAGGUCUCGAAGUCUGGGAAGAAAAACUCUGCCAAAGGUGUCUCGGCACGAUCUCCCAGCAAGGUCAAGCAGACUACGAAGAAGAAGGGAACUGUGGGUCCGCCGAAAUCCAGGUCAUCUAGCGGUGAGGGCCCACCUGGGGGCGAUAUUCGCAAGUCCAACCGCCCUCGAAAGGCGAGAGUGUGGUACGCAGAAGGUGCGGAUGCUACCGAAGAAGACGCUGAACCUGUUACAGCUGCGCGGAACAAACGACAGGGCGACGAUUUGGACGAGGCAGAGGCCAACGGCAAGUCGGGAGACGAGGCCGAGGCUGAGGACGAGGCUGAGGCCGAGGCUGAGGAUGAGGCUGAGGACGAGGCUGAGCACGAGGCUGAGCACGAGGCUCCGCACGAGGCGGAGGAGGAGGCGGAAGAAGAGGCCGACGAAGAUGCGGAGGAAGAUGAGGAGGAAAAGGCGGAGGAAGAGGCGGAGGAAGAGGCGGAGGAAGAGGCGGAGGAAGAGGCGGAGGAAGAGGAAGAUGGCGAGGCGGAGGACGAAGAGGGUGGGGAGUCCGGCAAUGAGUCGGAAGAUGAGUCCGGAGACGAGCCGUCGGACGAGGAGGGUCGAGAGUCGGACGAUGAGCAGGGGGAUGAGGAGGAGGCAGUGGAGAGGAAUGAGAAAAACGGUACGGCGGAAGUGCCUGCCUGCGCGGAUGCUCAUAAGCCUGAGGUCACGAAAAAAACAAGCUUUGACGAGAUGCUGGAAGAGCAGGAUGACAGUGAAGGUGAUGCCGUGGAGGAUGAGGCUGUGGCAGAGGAACGAGCUUUGCUGCUUGGGAAGCUGAAGGCACUUGAUGAGAUCCAGGAACCCGUUGUCAGCUCGAAGCUCGCUGGAAAGGGUGCGAAAGCACAGUCGCGUUCAGGACCCUCUAAGGUUCCGGCUAAGCCACCUCCAGGGAGACAUGCUGUCGCCAUGGCUAAGGGUAAGGAGAAAGUGGUGGAGAAAGUGGUGGAGAAAGGGGUGGCGAAAGAGAGUAGCCCUGGUGGAAAGACGAAACGGGAGGAGUCCGCCUUGGUGGUUGGAG